AUGUACGUGCUGUCACAACCCCAUAACACAAUUGUCGAUUUAAUCAGAUGUGGAACUAUGGUGAUGGCUUUCACUUCAGAAUUUUUAUUAUUAUACGGAGUACCAGCUCAAAAAUUAAUUGAUGAGGCACAAGAGGUCGCCAAUUCUGCUUUUUAUCAUUGUGAAUGGUAUUUGCCAAAUAUCAUACCGAUUAGAAAGCCACUGAGUUUUAUGAUAUUUAGAAGCCAGAAGAUGGUAUGUUUAUCUGCGAUGGGAUUUUUAGACAUCAACAGACAAACAAUUGUAGCGAUGAUCAAAACAGCUUAUUCCUUCUUUACAUUCUUGCAAACUGUCGAGACUACUGCGCCGCUUGAGAGUUAA